GUGAACCCCGCGAUCUUCAUCAGCGUUCAGUGCGGUCUUCCGUCAACGUACAGCAAAAACGCUCGUAGCUAUCGGUGUUCAAUCAUGGCACCCGAACCACGACAUCUCCGUAUCGGCGUCGAUGUCGGCGGGACAAACACGGAUGGCGUUGUUCUCGAUCCCUCUCGGGCCUCUGAGCCCGAUAAAGGUAUCAUCGCAUGGCACAAGUCGCCAACAACGACGAAUCCUAGCGAGGGCAUCAACAAUACUAUCGUCACAAUGUUUGAAUCCAUCAAGAUUGAUCCGAGUGAGAUCGCCAGCGUGACCAUCGGCACAACACACUUUGUCAACGCACUCAUCGAACGAGAUGCCACUCGUCUGGCGCCGGUUGCCGUCAUCAGGCUUACAAGUCAGUUCUCCAAACACGAUGCGCCUUGCCUGGAUUGGCCCGAAGCUCUACGCGACCUGAUUUUGGGCUACUAUGCACUCUGUAAGGGAGGUCUAGAGGUAGAUGGCACUUUAACCUCCGACAUUGAUCCCGAGGAAAUCAAAGCGCAUUGUGCUAUCAUUCGUGAGAAAGGUAUUAGGAACGUCGUUGUAAACGGCAUCUUCAGCCCUAUUGAUACGACCGAACGACAAGAAGAGCGAGCAGGCGACAUCAUACGCUCGGAAAUUCCCGGCUGCACCGUCACCUGCUCCAAAGAUGUGGCCAACCUGGGCUUCCAGGAGCGAGAAAACGCGGCCAUUCUUAACGCAACGGUGUUGAAAUUUGCUCGCAAGACCAUCAAAUCGUUCCAAAGGCCCAUGAAAAGACUUGGCCUCAACUGUCCUGUCUUCAUCUCUCAGAAUGACAGCACCAUCUUGUCAGGCGAGAGGGCUGCUGAACUGCCUAUCCGGACGUUCUCUAGCGGUCCGACCAACAGCAUGCGAGGAGCCGCGUUUUUGGUACGGGACCGUCAACCAAGCGAACGUGCCGUCAUGGUAGUUGAUAUUGGAGGCACGACUACCGAUGUAGGCCUACUGCAAGCCAACGGUUUCCCCCGCCAACAAGCUGCCUUUAGCGAAUUCGCCGGCGUGCGCCUCAACUUCUCCUGUCCAGACGUCAAGAGCAUCGGCCUAGGCGGGGGCUCCAUAGUCCGGAAGGGCGCCGAGAAGCUUACAGUUGGCCCCGACAGCGUUGGUUAUAGGAUUAAAACGGAGGCCUUGGUCUUUGGAGGGUGCACUCUAACAGCCACGGACUGCACCGUUCUCGCCAGCUCAUCGUCGCCUGCCAACCCCAUCGGAGACGCUACCUUGGCCCAAGGCGUAGCCCAAUUCACCACCAUCGUCAAGCAAAAGCUCGAAAAGGUGAUUGACACGAUGAAGACCUCGCCCGAAGACAUACCUGUACUCCUAGUCGGCGGAGGUGCCGUGAUUGCGCCCUACGAGCUAAGGGGAGCUAGCGAGGUGCUAAAGCCUGAGUGGGCGGGCAUCGCCAACGCGAUCGGCGCAGCCAUUGCACGUGUCAGUGCCACCGUGGACACGGUCAAGUCGACAGAGUCCAGAUCGGUCCAGGAGAUCUUGGGUGAAGUGGAGGAAGAGGCUAAGGAGAAGGCCGUUGCUGCGGGUGCGGUUCCUUCGUCUGUUCAGAUCGUGGAUGUGGAUACGAUACCCCUGGCUUACAUUGCCAAUAAGUCGCGCUUCGUUGUGCGUGCUGCUGGUGACUUCGACUAUUCUCGGACAGAUCUUUCGUCCGUACUGCAAAGCAGCGAGAAUGAGAGCCAAGACGAUGAGGUAUCAGCCAAUCGAGUCGUGAAGACUACCAAGUUUCACACCAGGGAAGAGAUUGAUGUCUUGACUUACAAACCUCUUGUCAAAGAUCGAGUCUGGCACAUCAGCGAGACCGACCUAAACUGGAUCAGCAUCGGAUGCUAUAUCCUCGGCACUGGCGGAGGAGGCUCUCCAUACUCCCAACAACUCAUCCUACGCGAGAAGCUUCGCAAAGGCGCAGUCGUCAGAGUCGUGAACCCCCACGAUGUACCUGAUGAUGCCCUCGUCGGCUGUGGAGGCUACGCGGGGUCACCCACGGUAGCCAUCGAGAAAAAAUCCGCCGAUGAGAUGCAAGAGGCACAGGAAGAGAUGUACAAGAACUUGGGCACGCCCGCCACGCACAUGAUCUCCGUCGAGAUAGGCGGCGCCAACGGUCUGCAGAGCAUGAUGAUCGGCUCCAGCACCAAUAUGAAUGUCCCUGCAGUCGACGGCGACUGGAUGGGCCGGGCGUACCCGACCAAGUGGCAGACGACGCCUGUGGUCUUCAACGAGCGGAGUCCUAUCUGGACGCCCGUGACUAUGAGCGACGGAAAUGGGAGUAUCGUCACGAUGUCGCGGGCGUCAUCUGAUAAGCAGGUUGAGCGGGUUAUGCGUGCGGCACUGGCAGAGAUGGGCUCGCAGGUGGCUGUCGCUGAUCCGCCGGUGACGGGAGCCGAGACCAAGAGGUGGGUGGUCGAACAUACCAUUUCUCAGUCGUGGCGAAUUGGUCGCGCUGUUGCGAAGGCGAGGAAGCUCAAUCGUGUGGACAAUGUUGCGGAGACCAUUAUUGAGGAGUGCGGCGGCCACGGCUCGGCCAAGGUUCUCUUCAAGGGCAAGAUUGUGGGCGUCGAGAGGGUGCUCAGGAAGGGUCACGUUUAUGGGGAGCUGGUCAUCGAAGGCGCUGAUAUUUUCACCUCGGAUGAGUCAGGGAAAGGGGAGAACAAACAGCGGUUCGCAGGUUUCGUCAAGAUUCCGUUCAAGAAUGAGAACAUCGCUGCAAUCAAGGCUACAUCUGCCAGAUCCGGGCCACACGAAGCCGGGACAGAGAAGCAAGAGGAUGUCCUAGCCAUCGUGCCAGAUCUUAUCGCCGUCAUUGAUGCGCAAAACGGCGAAGCCAUUGGAACACCAGAUUACAGGUACGGACUAUUGGUCAUUGUUCUGGGAAUCGCGGCCAGCGAUCGGUGGACUGGCUCUGCGAGAGGUCUUGAGAUUGGUGGGCCUGAAGCUUUUGGGUUUUCUCACCUCGAGUAUCAUCCGCUAGGCAGCUUCGUGAAGCCUCAAAGUGUUAUUGAUGAGUUCAACACAGAAAUCUAAGGAUGAGAUAGUCACUUGCGCUUGCAAGGUCUUAGUAGAGUAGCACUAGAGAGAAGCGUAUGCAGAGAAAGACAUCGGGUCGGUCAUUGACUCAACUCUC